UUUGAUUUAUCCCUAGCACACAGCUUUUCCCUUUUUCUUCACAGCACUUAGCACCUUCUGAUCUGUUAUCUGCUUGUUUGCCUUCCUCCUUAGAUUGAAAGCUCAAGAAGCUGUUUUGUUCAUUGCCGUAUCCUCAGUGCCUGAACCAGCAGCUGGCGGGAAGCAGACGCUCAAUAAACAUUUGCUGAAUGAAUGGAUGGAUGACUAUAAGAAUGUGCGCAUUAGAAUUGUGAAAGGUGGUCUUUCAGAGGUCGCUACUCAGUACCUUGAAAGUUUAAAGGGAAAAGAAAAGGAGUUAGUUAGGAGAUUUUUUUCUAUAUGAAAACCUUACUUUGCUCUCCUCAUAGUCAUCAGCGGUGGACACCAAGGAGACAGUAUCGGUUCUGGAAGUGCCCAGCAAUGCCAUCUACUUCUCCUCUGAAUGCAAGCAUUUGCAGAUGUCUUUAAAGAUGGACCUCAUCUGACUCACCUAAACCAUUGGCAGUUAACGAAUUGUUGAUAAAACACGAGACAACCUCUCCUUCCCAUAAAGAGCUGAAUAUUGGAAAAUGUGAUUCAAUAGCAGUUGGGCUAAAUGGGUUUGGAGCACUGGAGAUUGCAAUGAAGGGAAAGGAGGUGUGCAGACAAACCUCUUCUCGUUCAACUCAUAACACGUGGAAGAACUGCCCUCUCAAUCAGGAGCUACCCCUUCCCCAUCCCCGGCUCAUUUUAUUAUUUUAAUUGAAGGACAACGCAUAAAGGAAGAGGCAUUUUUAUUCUCUAUGACCUCUAAAAAUAUCUUCAUCUGUGGUAGAAGGGACAGAUGCUGAAAUACCUUUUCAUCUUUAGAAGUUCACGUUUCCAUAUGCAGUACAGCUGCGAGAACGAAUGUGAAUUUUACUCUCCCCCGCAUCCUGAGGAAGGCAAAAGGUUGAGGCGAGAGGAGUUGAAGGAGGGAGAAAGUAAUGCCCAGUUUUCUCAUUUGGUCUUUAGCCAUUCUUUUUCCCUCUCUGGCAGUGUACACACACCCACACCCACCCACAUACCUCCUACACACACACACAAUUUGUAGGGAAAGAGAUCUCAGUCCCCUCCUCAUGAAGGAAGGAGGAUGUUACAGAGAUAUUAUGAUGCAAUGGGGACCAUGUGAAGGACACUGCUAACAUUAUGAGGUCAGGAUUUUUACUGAAAUGUUUGCCCACAUGCAAUACUCUAGACAUAAGUCAGCGUUCCUCCCUGCUACCAUCCUAGUGGCAACUCCUACUCCUGUCUGCAAUAUGGGAUUUUAACUCAACGGCAUGAGACCCAGGGCAAAAACUGAGACAGCAAGGAGGCACCGUAACAACUAGAAGGUUUUCCAAGUUGGCAAAUUUGUGCUAUCAUUUCUGUACAGAAAUAAAAGAUUCCCUCUGUCCCUAUGGAUAGCAGGGAGGAAAAGCAUUUGAACAUCGCACUUCAGAUUAGCAGUUUCAGGGCAGCCUUGAAGGAGUUUGAAAAAUUGGCUGAACGUGUAGCGGCCCAAAAAAGAGAUGAAAGAGCAGGCUUGUUUAUCCAAAAGGAAGAUGCAAUUGAUUAUGACAAGUUUUAUGCGACAGUACAGGAACUCUUCGGUCCAGAAGUGAAGAAUCAAGAUGCGAAAUGCUUUUACAGGAAACUCUGCAACAACCUCGAUGCCUCUAUAGACUGGUGUGAGAUUUUUGGAUACUUCUCCUCUGAAGAAGAUUCUCUUGCUUCCCAGAUGGAUGAAGAAAGUUUGGUUUUCCUUGUUUCUAGAAAACAGCGAAUUACAAUUUCAGGCAGUAGAAGACGGGAUGUGAUUAAGUGCAUCGUCAAGAUUCCUCAGUUGGAUUUAAUAAUAACAGCUUCUCAGAAAGGAUUAAUAACAGUCUUCAACAGCCAGAUGAGAGUUCAGACUAGCACCAAUGUUACCGACACCUCCUGGAUUACAGGAUGUGAUUAUCUCUCACAGCUGAAACGAAUUGUCGCCACUACAGAAAGGACCAUUAUCGUCUGGGAUUACAAAGCUCAAGGGAGCAGCCAGGAAAACUAUUUUGUCAUCAAGCCUAUGGAUCACUGCCUCCUCUGCGUGUGCACAGUGUCCCUGCCCGACCAACUCUGCCGAGACGACAUCCUCUUAGGGGAUGAUGGAGGUUUCGUGAACAAAUUCACAGUAAAUAGUGAUGACUUUGGACUGAAGCAGGCAAAAUCCAAAAAAAAAUUACAAACUCAGGUCCUGGACUCAAAGAACUUUAAAAGCGUUAAGAGGAAGCUACAUAAUGACUGGGUUAUGAAAAUUAGAUACAUUUCAGCCCUAAAUUGCUUUGGAUCUUGCUCCUUAGACAGUGCUCAUUCACUAGUUUUGGAUUCCUUGAAGAGACUUGAGGAUAAUUUGCCUGUCAGAGAGUUUGCCAUGCCAAGAGGAGCCAACACUUUUUGUUACUGUAUAAAAGCAAAUGUGAUUGUCACUGGAGGGGAUGACAAGGUGCUGCGGUUGUGGCACCCCAGUAUCAGCACCAAGCCAGUGGGGAAGCUUGUGGGGCACAUGUUCAGCAUCACCGAGAUUGUGACAAAUGAGAAAGAUCAGCACGUCAUUAGCCUUUCCUCUGCAAAGGUUUUCAGGGUGUGGGACAUACAGACUCUGUCACUAUUACAAGUCUUCCACGACAGCCAGGGAGGACCAGGAGACAUGCAGAUUUAUUCCAUGAUAUUUGAUUCCAAUCACGGCAUGCUUGUUACAGGAUCUAGUGUAGUGGACAUGUAUCCUUUGACUAGGAUGAUACAAGACACAAAACAGAUUCCUCACACUCACGAACGAGAAAUCAAUGUCAUGCUUUACAACAAAUAUUUUCACCAAGUGCUAACUAUCUGCUCUGAAUCCAUAAUUAAGGUAUGGGAACUUGAGACUGGCCUCCAAAUAUACCAGAUUUUAGACCCUCAUGGAUUCAACGUUGAACUGACUUCUGCAGCUAUUGAUGAGACUGGAUUUCUUUUUGCCACAGGAGCAUAUAAUGGAACAGUUAAAAUCUGGGACUUCGGCAGCGGGCAAGAGAUGAAAGUGUUGCCAGAAGGAAAGGACUGGAAGGAGGAGGAGCACUGGCUGCAUCGCCUGGUUUUCCUGAAAGCUCAGGAGAAGCAUCAGUAUCUGAUCCUCGCCCUGGAGCGCAACGGGAAGAUCAAAAUGCUCCAGGGUAAGGAAGAUGACGUUUGCCUUGUGGCGAUCUGGGAGCUGCCGGAUGUCGUGCCUGUCCUACAAUCCGGGAGCCGCGUUGUGCAUGUGAGGACAUCUACUAAAGACAGGAGCAUGGCUAUUCCCUUUCCAGAUGUCGAGCUGAUGGUUGAGAAACACUCUUCUCAACAUGUUACGAAUCCCGCCAUCAGUGUAGAAGUGAACUGCAUUGAUUUACUACAAGUAGAAGGAUAUAAUUUGAUAGCUGCUGGAACCCUAAAUGGCAUGAUCAUCUUAUGGAAUUUUGUAACAUCUACUGUCAAAGAAGUGUACAGGCCUGAAGACUGCUUCACUGUGGGUGCUGAUUUGGAUCCAAAACGCUUUAGAAUUAAUGACAUCCUGUUCCUCUUUCGUAGCCCUGAAUGUGCAAGAAGGUCAAGUCAGGAUUCCAUAUGCUCUUCGUCCCACUGUGAUUCCAGUCGGGGUCCACAGAGUAGUAAGGGAAGCAAACAGAGCAUCCAUGAGAGCGAGGUCAAAGGUGAGCAAACAGAUGUCACAGCGCGAGAGCAACACCCAGUGGACAAAAAACGGCCUGGGGGCACCAAUCUAACAGAUGCCCAGCCACCUAUUCUUGUCACUGCGCAUGAGGAUGGACACCUCCGCCUGUGGACCAUGGAGGGAAAACUACUGAAAGAUAUGCUUCCUUUCACAAAACAUUCCGCCAUUUCUCUGACAUCACUGUACACUGAUUCCUGUGCCAGGAUACUCCUGACUGGAAAUAUGGAAGGACAUGUUAUCCUGUGCGGUAUUAGCUCCUUCCUGGAUCCACCUCAUGAUGAAAAGAAAUUCAAGCAGGUCCUCGCCUGGCGUGCUCAUUCUCUGGAAAUUAUUCAAGUGAUCUAUGUAGAAGACAAACAAGUGGUGCUCACUGCCUCCAUCGACGGCUCAGUAAGGCUCUGGCAUGCACUCAAUGGUCAUUACUGUGGAUAUUUUGGACAGCGAAGAAUGUUUGAAAUAUCACAGACAAGUGAUUUCAUUUUGCCUUGUGAUGUUAAUGAAUAUCCCAUAGAAAUAAAAGAAGAAAGCAAGUUCACAGAGAAGAAGCAAAAAUAUGAAUAUCCUCUGGUAUUUGACAAGCAAAGAUGGAAAAAAAUGAGCUCAAUGUCUUUGCUUUUCAAACGUACACCUCCCAAGACCUUUGAAGUGGAACAUGAUUUUAAGUUUUUCAAGUCUCUUUCUUCUCCCAAGAUUCAACGACGUGCUUUGGAAGGUUUCAUGACUGAAAACAGGGAGGCAGGCAUUGUUUUUGGUUCUCUGCCUAUAUACAAGGUACCAAGCCCCACCAGUCUAAAAUUUCUUCCACUCAUCGAGUCAGAACCACAAAGGGAGUCUCCAGAUGGCAUUCCAGGAAAGAAGAAGGGAGGUCACGUUCAACAUGAAAAAUCACCACGGAGGAGAAGUCUGAAAAGAAAUUUAAUCCCGCAAAUAAAUCUGGCUUCUUCCUUCUUCCCAGCCAUCCCCAGAUGAAGAGAGAAAAGUCAGAAGUGGCUGCUGUGGCCUGAGCUACACAUAAAAUGGGAAGGUCUGAAUGAUACUCCAGUCUUUAUUUCAGGAUGAAACUGAGGGUCCACGAGACACUGUUAUCCAUACCUGUAUCCUCAGACCGUUCUAUCGAUGGAGAAGAUUGCUCAGGGAGCUCAGGUGGACACUAAGUUCUGAAUACCAACCAAGCAACAAGCAGCCAGUUGGCCAACUUCUUUCACUAUCAAAAUCCACUUAACAAAUAGGCAAAUGUUUCUUGUUUACUGUCAGCAAAAUGACACAUAAGGAAACAAAGAAAAUCAAUAGCAUAAGUAGAUCUAAAGUAAUGUGGUUAUUAAUGAUCAGCUUUCCAACUCCCUCCACUGUUACCCUAAUUCAUAACCAGAAUUAUUAUCAGCAUGUAUCAAGUAAGAGGCAAAUUACUUGAGUGUCACACUAUGUGGUGAACAAAGAGAAUUAUUAAAAAGAAAAACGUGCCAG